CGCGAGGAGGCUUCCAGGGAGUCGGCCGGGCGCACGAUUAGGACGCUCCGCGUCGAUUUCCGACGGCCGCCGAGGACGCGCAGACCCAGAAUAAGUCCAGGACAGAGAGCCGAGUGGACAAGUUCAAGAGUGCGAGCUCUACCCACGAUGAGCUUUUGGUCACGUUCGAGACGAUGGUGAUUAUGUAUUAGUCGUUCACUUCGGUUGGCACCGCGUGCAAGGUCACGCUCAAGAGUAAGAAGGCGGUGUGGGACACCAUCAGCGGGUACAAAGAGGGCGCCGAGAUCCAAUUCGAGGCGAAGGAGCUCGUCAUGAAGGUCGACAUGACAAAGGAGAAGUGGAAGGAGGCUGAGGAAAUUGGCCCCAUGUCGGAUGCUCUCCGGGAGGCGGCGCGCCAGGGGAAUUUCAAGCUGAAGUUGUCCGAGAAGCAGUUGUUGCGCGCGGCUGCGGGCCAGACGCGGGGGGGCAUCUGCGCGGUCGACACUGCCGGGGACGCGAUCAAGUGGGAGGCGCUGUCCGACAACGUCCUCUCCGGCGAGGGGAAGACCGAG